AUGGAUAGAACUGGCGCCAAUACUCCACCUCCAAUCCAGCAUGUUCUUCGGCCUCAUCACAUUGACCUCAUUGCUUUGUUCCUGCUUGUGUUCAAGGAGUUCCAGAAGAAACUACCCUCGUCGUUUUUGCUACAAGUUUAUAGACUUCUGCUAGAGGAAGUUUCGGAGGUCGCGACUCACAAGUUACGCCCUGAGCUCCUGAAUGAACUCAAACAAACGCCAGAGGCAGACGAGGAUCAGGCACGAAACCUAAUAACUGCGCUAGAAACAUUGCCUAGUCAGUUGGAUUCAGCUGAUAAGCUGAACAAUUUCUUUCAUAGCAUGCCAGUCAUGUUUGUUGAUAAGAGUGAAGACGAAUCUCGACGUUCCCUGUUUGGAUUCUUUUGCCGCAGAUGUUUUAUUAGUUUCCUCAAACUUUCAUGGUACAGUGUUUGCCAUCUUCAUGCCGACUACCAGUCCUAUACUCUAGGUCAAUACGAGUCUGGUUACGGUCCGUUCGAAAAAGAUUAUUUGACACAAGAUAUCUGGAUAUUCAAAACGGGCUUCGACAUCAAAUCGUGGGCCCGGCCAGAACCUUUGGCUGCGGCAGGCAAAGGCCUUGCCUCAGGUGACAGCAUUUUAGGUCCCGAAAAUCUGCGUCGCUAUUUUGAACAGCAUUUCCACGAUCACCCAGAUUCGGGUGUGAGGCAACAUGCAUUGUUGUAUCUUGCACGCAUGCAUUUUGCACGGGGCGAAACCGCCUCCGUCAGAAACCUACUGCAAGAAGCGAUUUCUGUUGCGCGGGGCGUGGGUGACAGGUACACACUGCAGCAGUGCACAAGUUUAAUCAACCGCCUACCGUCGCCGACCCCAGUCCUUACCGAAAUACAACCUGACGUCCAUCCUGCUGAUGUCUUACAUGAUGUCGCUAAGCUUAUGAAUCCCGAAAACGGACAACCCCUCAUGAGUGCCUUUGAGAAACUUUUCCAGGCAGCUGGGCUCUAUGAUUACUGGUUUGAAAGCCGCAGAAACAUGGUCCAAGACUGGGAAUCAAGAAGUCUGCACUCCAUGCAAGCAGUACUUUGGGAGAGCGUCGGUUGCGUUGGACUCGCCGAGGUCGAGGAAGACAUGGUAUCUGCAUUCGUGGAACGUAUUCCUGAUGUCAAUCGGAAGAGCGUGACUCUCAAUCGAGUGCGCAGGCUUGCAAGAAACGGCGCCUAUGAAGAGGCCCUGGCAUCGAUACUGCACACCGAUACAUGGAUGACUCUAAAUCACACACAGUAUGUCGAAUGGGCCGAGCAGGUGUGGCAUGUGCUGGCUAUCAGAGCCAUUCGCCGCGGCCAACACCAGCUGUUCAACAACUAUCUCAAGCCAAGGAGACCUUCUUCAACUAACGUUUCAGAGUAUAUCUUUGAUGACGUCUCCGCACCGAAGCUAGGUAGUAUACGUGCCGAGCUACACGAAGUCAUUCGAGCGCGACAUCACGGACAGGCUGUUGCUGCUAUUCAACCACUCCUACAAGCGCUGUGGCUGUCUGAAUUUCAGUGCCGUUUCCCUCUGUAUCGACUUGGUGUGAUUCUGCUUGCCGAUGUCGGCCUCGAGUUUGGUUUGACAGAGUACUGCCGCCGCUUGUUGGAAGAGGUGCUGCCUCAGAUGCGAAAGGGAGACGACGUUGAACAUCGCGCACUUGCAUACUUCACGUAUGCAAGGUGUCUAGUUGCAUGCUCUCCGUCUGGUUCAGGGGAAGGUCUGCGCGAAGCGCUGGUGUAUCUGAAGAUGGCAGAGGAAGACUACAAGAGACUCGAACUCGCCGAAUCCUUAGCGGAUGUGCAAUUCCUGAUGUCUGUGGUGUAUCACAAUCUGGGGGAGACGUCAGAGUCAGAGCAGACAGGGGAGCGCCAUCUGGAGACAAACGCGCUGAUGCAAAAACACGGAGAGGUUCUCGUAGAUGAGGAGGUGUCUAGGAUAUGGGAGAUAGUGUCGCGGGUCGGCAUUAGCAUUGCUGGUCAGUCUAGUGAUCCUCACUAG